UCAGCAGCCAGCCAGACAGUCUCCAUCCCACCACAAGCCAACGCUACUCCCCGCCGCAUCUGAUGCCUCCGCGUGCUGCGGGAUAGACCGCCAUCCGUCCGACCGCCCGCCCGCUGCAGCUCCCGGGGUGCUGGAAGCCUGAAGCGACCGGACGAGGAUGCUGGAAAACGGGGGGAAGGUGUACAAGGAGGGUCUGCUGGAGAAGCGGAGCGACGGGCUGCUGCAGCUCUGGAAGAAGAAGCACUGCGUCCUGACCGAGGACGGCGUACUGCUGCUGCCGCCGAAGCAGCACGACCAGCCACAGCACCACCAUCACCAGCACCACCAGCACCAGCAGCCGCACCAGGGCGGCGGGGACACGGGCAAAGUCAAGGAGCUGCACUUCGCCAACAUGAAGACGGUGGACUGCGUGGAGCGCAAGGGCAAGUACGUGUACUUCACGGUGGUCAUGGCGGAGGGCAAGGAGAUUGACUUCAGGUGCCCGCAGGACGAGGGCUGGAACGCGGCGAUCACCUUGCAGAUGGUCCAGUACAAGAACCGGCAGGCGAUCCUGGCCGUAAAGUCCACUCGGCAGAAGCAGCAGCUGCUCGUCGGGCAGAUGCCCGGCCAGAAGACGGUCCGCAGCCCGACAAACGUAGCGUGACCUGCGGCCAGUCCCGCGGACUUUGGUGCGCCAAUAGUGGGUUAGUUGGAAACUCGGAUGGAAGAUGGGUAUCGACGAGGGUCUCUCCCUGCCGCUUCAACACAGACCUCCACUCUGCAGGACCCCUCUUCCAUGCGCUGAGGUCCACAUAGCAGCCUUCCCUUUUCAAUACAGACUUCUUUCACAAAAGACUUAAGGACAAAAUCAUUUGAGAACACAACUGUACUCGACCGUUGUGAUGGGUUCAUCCCCUAUUUGUUAGAUGUAUAUAUAUUUUCUAUAAAACAAAUGUCUUUGUCGAUAAAUGUUGAGUGUGUUUGUUGCCAGAGAGGAACAAGAAAUGCUCGCUCGGCGUGUUCCUAGUCCACAUGUUACGCGCAUAGUCCCCUGGGAAUAAACUUACAUAUUGUUAUUUUAGAGUGGUAGCUGUAGGUUAGUCAGGUCAAGUCAUUAUUUGUGAAAUGUGUUAUUGAUCUAGUUUUUUAUUUUUCAACUGAACCAAAGAAUCAUUCUGUUAUGUUUUCGAUCAGAAUAUACUUAAUACCAGAGAUAUCUGAGAUAACUGCAUGCUUGCUUGAUUUAUUAAUAGCCCCAACAUUUUAGUAUUUUUAUUGUGUGCAUCAAUUGUUUUCCAGCGUUCUUAGAUGACCAAGCUAUAUGUUGAUUUCUUAUGAGUCUUAAACCGUAGUCGGUUUGUUUCUACCGUGGUUACAGAAAGGAGCUUAGUCUUACCGUAGGUAAGUAACAUGCUCAGUUUUUGUUGUAUUGACUGUUCUAAAGGCAAUUUCAUUGUUAGCAUUACAUCGUAGUGAGUGGGGACCAAUAACCCUUUAGCUCUGGCUUUAUAGUGUGGUGUGAAACCAAAAGAUGAAGGACACCAAUGGACCGGUUCUAAAACUUGUGAUUAAUAACCCCGGCCCCUAAAAAAGGAAAAAAGUCGAAGUUCAGAAAUACUUCCCUUGGUUUUUAAACUUCUUGGUCAAAACAAGAGAAUCCUCACAAAAAAACAUGUUUUUUUAAAGACAUUCGUCAGUACCAAUCUAUUUCAUGAAUAAACUGUGGAUUUGUUGUCACAUUAGAUAAUGUUCAGGUUUCUAAUGGAAGUAAUGCAAUUCUUCUGUUGUCCAGGAGAAAAUUAACAAACUUCAAUUUAUUUUGUGAAGGUGGUGAUAUACAGGGCAACAUUUAGAGCAAUGUGACGGGCAACUACUUCCUGCGUAGUCCU